GGAAAACGUUUCUUGGGCGCUUCUUGGGCCGUCUUAGGCGCCUAAGACAGCCCAAGAAGCGGCCAAGACGGCGCCCAAGACGGCCCAAGACGGCCCGUCCGUAGCCAUUUUGGCUCAAGCCAUCUUGGCUCAAGGCAGUUUUAGAAUUACUCUAACUGUUGCAUCACAUUAAGACAGGAAGUGUUUCACAUGGCCUCUGCUUUCUACACGCUCAGAUGUGUGGGUUUGCUUUUGCGGAUCCAUGCUGCAACGUCCUUGAGCCAGAUUCUUGCUCAGGAACAAGUAGCGCUGGAUAAGCUGACGCGGACAAGCUGGCGCCCGUUUCAAUCCGUAUUGAUUGUGGGAUCUUCCGUUGAUCGGAACGCAGUUUCGAGCAAUUACCCGGGCGACACCUUCACUUUCAAGCAAGAGAAGGUGCAGCACAAUGUCGUGCUUCGACCAGGCCCGCAACGUCAGCAUCGCGGUCUUGUGUCAUCCUGGCGUGGGCCUCAACGGCGAUUUGGAUGCGCCAUUCUGGAACCCCAGCGUGACGCACGAAAUGACGCAGGCACAUAGUAAUGGACCGCCUCGACGGAUACCGAAGAACACCCUGCCCGACCAUGGGGGCAACAAUGGGGCACAUUGGAAAUAUGAGCCCACAUGGAAGAUCAUCGAGGACGCACCGAACUUCGGUCACAUCACUUUCGGGCCACAGCCACCAGACCUGGUUGUGGUCGAGAGUUCGCUGUGGGAUUUGGCAAGUUGGUGGCAGCUCACGGGCCAUCAAGCCACGCCCGAGCGACUAGAACAAUGGUGCAAUAAGGAUGUGCCAUAUUUGCUGAAGAAAGUGACGGAUGCCUUUCCUAAGAGCCAGGUCGUCUUCCGGACCGCGCCGCAGGUUGCUCCAGAGAACAAGGGCGCCGAGAGGUGGACUCACGCGAACUUCGAGACGAUGCACGAUUGCGUCAUGCGGAGGUCGGCCGGCACGGGCAAGGUAUUCGAACACGUCGGCGUGAUCGAUUACCACGAAAUCAUGGACAAACUCAUAUCGAGCACGUCCGACGAGAAGCUCCGCCGAGGUCUCUGGCUCGAAGACGGCUAUCACCCAAGCGACGUGCCCGGGCGCCUCUACUUGAACGAGAUAUUCAAGCUCCUCGGAGCGGAGCCACUGCACGUUCCGCCGCAGGCCCGUGCUAAACUCCCCGUGGAGGACGGGUACGAUCUCUAGUUUCAAUAUUUUAGGGCAAGCUGGCACACAGGGACAAGCUUUUUAUUCAUAUUUAUUUCCUGCGCGCGUUUGGCGCGCCGCGAUCCAACUUUAUAACCAAUUUCCCCUACGCGCCGCAUGGCGUAUUGGUUGUACUUACUGGCACAAAGGAGCGAUGCUGCACGCAGCCCUGCCCCGUGAUGAGAAAAAAAAAAACGGCCCAAGACGGCCCAAGAAGCGCCCAAGACGGCCCAAGAGCGCUCCAAGAGAGCCCAAGACCGCCCAAGGCGGCCCCAAGACGUCCC